AGCGGGCCCCGGGCGGGAGCGGUGGGUACUGGCCGCUCCUUCCACGGGAUUUAACUAAUCCCGCUCCGCUUUCGGUACCGAACGCGGCCUGUGGGUGCGGCGGGCCCUCGCGGCGCCGAUCGCCGUGGCAUGGACGGCCGUGGCAGUGUACGGCCCCUCACGGGCGGGACUUCCCUCCCUCCACCGCUCUGGCUCGGCUGCUUCCGGACGGGAGGCAGCGCUUUGCUUCUGUCGGAGGAUUUCAGCAAUCCAAAAAGCAAGGGGUAUCGUCAGCGUUGGUUUAAAACAGAUUCAGAAGUUGUGUGACCGAGUCGCUUCUUCCACUUUACUGGAUGAUCGGAGGGAUGCUGUGCGUGCUCUUAAGUCAUUAUCCAAGAAAUACCGAUUGGAGGUAGGCAUCCAGGCUAUGGAACAUCUCAUCCACGUUCUUCAGACAGACCGUUCAGAUUCUGAAAUAAUUGGCUAUGCCUUGGACACUCUCUACAAUGUAAUAUCGAAUGACCUAGAAGAGGAGGAGCAAGAUGAUUCUGAAGAAGAAAAUUUACCAAAACAAGUUGAUGAUUUGGGAAGUCAGUUCACAGAGAUUUUCAUUAAACAGCAAGAAAAUGUCACACUCUUGUUGACUCUUGUGGAGGAGUUUGAUUUCCAUGUUCGUUGGCCUGGAGUGAAACUACUUACAUCUCUCUUAAAGCAGCAAGGACCUCAAGUGCAGCAGAUAAUUCUUGUCAGCCCUAUGGGUGUUUCGAGACUCAUGGAUUUACUAGCAGACUCUAGGGAGGUUAUACGAAAUGAUGGAGUCUUGUUGUUACAGCAAUUGACAAAAAGUAAUGCAGCUAUACAGAAGAUUGUUGCCUUUGAAAAUGCUUUUGAGAGACUUCUGGAUAUCAUAACAGAAGAAGGAAACAGCGAUGGAGGAAUAGUAGUGGAAGACUGCCUCCUCCUAUUACAAAACCUGUUGAAGAAUAAUAAUUCAAAUCAGAAUUUCUUCAAAGAGGGUUCAUACAUACAGCGUAUGAAGCCUUGGUUUGAAGUUGGAGAUGACAACUGCGGGUGGUCUGCACAGAAAGUAACUAACCUUCACCUAAUGCUGCAGCUUGUGCGGGUACUUGUGUCUCCCACAAAUCCUCCUGGUGCUACCAGCAGUUGUCAGAAGGCGAUGUUUCACUGUGGGUUGUUACAGCAGCUCUGCACAAUCCUGAUGGCAACUGGAGUUCCUGCUGAUAUCCUGACAGAAACUAUUAAUACUGUCUCAGAGGUCAUUCGAGGAUGCCAGAUGAAUCAAGACUACUUUGCCUCUGUAAAUGCACCUUCUAAUCCACCAAGGCCUGCAAUUGUUGUACUUCUGAUGUCCAUGGUAAAUGAGAGGCAGCCUUUUGUGCUGCGUUGCGCUGUUCUCUAUUGUUUCCAGUGCUUUUUAUACAAAAACCAAAAAGGACAAGGAGAAAUUGUUUCAACGCUUCUGCCAUCUACUAUUGACGCUACAGGUAACUCUGUGUCAGCUGGUCAGCUGCUCUGUGGGGGCCUCUUUUCCACGGACUCUCUCUCCAACUGGUGUGCUGCUGUGGCCCUGGCCCACGCCUUACAGGAAAACGCCACUCUGAAAGAACAGCUCCUGAGAGUUCAGCUGGCAACGAGCAUCGGCAAUCCACCAGUGUCGCUGCUGCAGCAGUGCACCAACAUCCUCUCGCAGGGUGAUAAGAUCGACAGACGGGGCAGCAAAGUACAAACCCGGGUUGGACUACUGAUGUUGCUUUGCACCUGGCUAAGCAACUGCUCCAUUGCUGUCACCCACUUCCUUCACAAUCCAGCCAAUAUACCUUUUCUCACAGGGCAGAUAGCUGAAAACCUUGGGGAAGAGGAGCAACUUGUCCAAGGCCUUUGUGCACUCUUGCUUGGCAUUUCCAUCUACUACAAUGACAAUUCCCUUGAAAAUUAUAGGAAAGAGAAGCUGAAACAGCUGAUUGAGAAGAGGAUUGGCCGGGAGAACUUCAUUGAGAAGCUUGGCUUCAUUAGCAAACAUGAACUUUAUUCCAGAGCUGCUCAGAAACCACAGCCUAGUUUUUCUAGCCCAGACCACAUGAUGUUUGAUCAUGAAUUUACCAAGCUUGUAAAGGAAUUGGAAGGUGUCAUAAGUAAAGCUAUUUACAAGUCCAGCGAGGAAGAUAAAAAGGAGGAGGAGGUCAAGAAGACAUUGGAACAGCAUGACAACAUUGUGACUCACUACAAAAAAGUCAUUCGAGAGCAGGACCAGGAGCUUGAAGAAUUAAAACAACGAAUUAACACUUUAACAUCUCAGAAUGAACAGCUCCAAGCAACAGUUACACAGCAAGUGUCACAGAUCCAGCAGCAUAAGGACCAAUAUAAUCUACUUAAAGUACAGCUAGGAAAGGACACUCAGCAUCAUAAUUCCCACAGUGAAACGUUGCAGAUGAAUGGCAUUCAGAUGGAAGAAGUGAGCAAAUUGAAAGAGGAGCUGGAAGAAUGGAAAAACAAGCAUGAACUGCUGCAAGGGCAGUUAAGGGAAAAGGAUUCUGUGAUUGAAAAAUUGAAGUCUUCACAGUUGGAAAUGGGAACAACGGAGCAGUCUUCACAGACCAGCAGAUCUGGUGGCUUGGAGCUCAGUAAUGAACUGCAGAAGGAAUUAGAAAUGCUCAGGAGUCAGAUACAACUACAGUCUGCAGAAAUCUCUAAACUUCAGAUUGAGAAUCAAAAGCUACAAGUAAUGAAUACAACUGCAAAUCCUGUGUUAGGAGACAGCGGUGCAGCAGCAGCAAGUAACUCGGAACUGGAGGGACGACUUGAGCAAGAAAUAAAAGAAUUGAAGGGUGAAGUCAAAGCCCUUUCUGAGGAAAAAGAAUCACUAAAACAGCACCUGGAUUCAUCCAGUAGUACGGUUGCUAUCUUGCAAGAUGAGAAAAAUAAACUUCAGCAAGAAGUUGCAGAGUCAAAGAAAGAACAGGAUGACCUUUUGGUGCUUUUGGCUGACCAGGAUCAGAAACUAUCUGCACUGAAGAUCAAAUUGAAGGAUCUUGGUGUGCCGGUUGAAGACGAAGAUGAUAUUGAAUCUGGAGAUCAGGGGGAUGAAGAUGAGGAUGGAGAUGAAGAGGAGCAAGACUAGAAUGCUUUUGUGUGUUACCAUGAAAAAUAGAUUGCAUUGUUAUUGGGGAAAAAAAAAUCUAUUAUUGGUAUACAAAGCAAAACAUCUGCUUAUGAGAAGCAGACAGGGAAAUGGCAACCCAUGGGACUAGUUAUAAGUUACUGAAGUGUUUGAAAACCCUUCAUACUAGGUAAAGCAAACAAAAAAAUCACUGUUUAAGUUCUACAUGAGUAUCCAAAAUUGUACUUGUUUAGAAGUUGCUUUAGACACUGUUUAAAGCAUGGGGAUGACAAUGUUGCUGCCUCAGUUCAUUGUCAUUGACAGAAGUUCUGUGCAUUUGUCUAUGGUUUUAACCUUCUGGAACUCUUAACGUAAUUAAAUACAAAACUAUUUGGUUUAACAUCUCUCAAAUGGAAUCAUUGCCCCUGCCUUCAGCAUGGAGCUUCAGUGUAAUUCGUGGCUUCCCUCAAAGAGCCCCAGUGAGGUGGAAGGGUAGGGGUGGCUGCUGUGUGUGGUGGCCACCCUGCCGGCCUCCUGGGCUAGUUCUCUCGGUGCGGAUGGACCUGCACAGCGUCGAGUGCCUUGACACCUGAAACGGCUGCCUGCGGAACCUCCCCGAGGAACCGCAACGCUAUGCUCAUGACGUGGAAGAGGUUUCACGGAAACCUGCGCGAGAAAGGUAGCGUUUUCACGAAGAACCUCUGUGGAAGAACCAAGACCAAUACACUUCUAAAGAUCUAAUGUGCUACCCGGUCAGCAUAAAAAUAAGUAAAAACCUUGUUGACUACUUCAGUAAGGAGAUGAAAACUGAUUUAUAUAACUUAUUGGCUCUUGAUGAGUGAAUAAAAGAUAAAAUUUUAAAAGAAAAAAA